CUCAUCUAUACACACACACACACACACAUACUGUACAUACGUGCACGCACAUAUGUACACGUAAGGAUAAAGGAAAUGACACAUUAGGAUACAGCUUGGGUGUGAGCAGAUAAAACGCUAAGAGAAAAGACAAAGAGUCCUUUUGUCCAUAACAGAGUGUUCAUUAUAAAUUCCUUGUAACAUUUUUGGUCUAUAAAGUCACAGGAUUCAUAGUUUCUUUUUUGAUGGAUAUUUUAGUUUUUCACAAUGUAGCAUCAGGGCUUGUUUUCUAUUUUUUUUGUAUUUAUGUUUGGCCUUAACUUGCUCUUUGUUAGCACAUUAGCUCCACUUUAUAUCAAACCAAAUUUUAGCCACAUAAAACAGAUGUUUUUUUCCGAUUAGCAGAUGAAUAUGUAAUCACGUCUCUAAUUAGUCAAAUCACAGACUGUUAAUCACCAGUUUGUCUCAUUAUUUCAUGCCACUGCUCCUCGUCCCUUCUCCCUGGUUUCUUCAUGGUCUUUUCUUGUCUUUGGUUUGGGUUUAUUUUUGUUCCUUGGACUUUGUUUUUUUUGUCCAGGGCAAGCCUUUAGGGAAAAACUCUCGAGAUUUUCCACCACCUGUUCUCUGCUCUCACCACAGAUCACAAUGUCAUCUGCAAACAUCAUAGUCCGUGGAGAUUCCUGUCUAACCUCAUCUGUCAACCUGACCACCUGUUAGAUCAAAUGUGAAGGAUGUACACGGGGUCAAAAUCAGAGCUUCAAUACAAAAUGGGCGACUUCCUGUUUGACUUGCACUAUGACAUUAAUUGAUUUUUUAGUAUGUUGUGGGGAGCUCUAUCAGUGUACCAAUUUUCAUGCCUCUACGAUGAACUAAGGUCAAUGCGGAGAGUUUUUUGAAAGUUGCCAGGUGGCGCUGUUGAGCCGUUUCUUGUGCGAUUUUUGCGCUGACUGUAAAAUACGUAAUUUUCAUAAAGACUUGACAGGUCCACCAAGUUUGGUGAGUUUUUGAAUAUGAUAAAGCCCCCCAAAAGCCAAUUUGUUUAUAGGAAGCAUAAUAAUAAGAAGCACCAUGAUUACUGCUGCGGCCUAAUAAAACCAGCGUAAUGCGCGACACUGAGGUGAGUGUGAAAGCUCCUCCACAGGCGGAAGAGCUUUACCGGCCAAACGGGACCACAUACAUAAACAUUAUCAGUGCAGAAACAGAGUCGUGUCGGGCAGAGAGAUGUAAACGCUGCACAUAUUUUUUUAUUCACAAAAUAUAAAUCAUUCUCAACGUACACCUCUUAAAGCACAACUACAGGUUAUAUUAGAGCUGUACAAGCAGAGCUAACGCAAUGGGUUCUAAUCUUGACUCCUACCUUGAUGAAAAGAAACAUAAGUCCUCACAGGGGGUUGAUGAAAAUAUCCAUACAGGUCAGCCUGUGUUCAGUUUGAGUGAAUCGAGGCGCAUGCAAUUUGUGCUGAGGAAAACUUUGGACAUCAAGCAGCGACAACGCGUGAGGCAAAGCACAGAGGCGCCAGUGGUGUGAUUGGUCCACGCUCCGGCUUGUGACCUGUUAAAUGCAUCCACGAUAAACCCAUCUUUCAGGAAUUACUCUGCUCCGCCAGUGAAACGCUCAGUGCAACAGAGAUACUUGCAGUACAAAUUAUUUAAAAAACAUUAAGAGACUUUUUUUCUUAACACCUAAACAAGUAAUGCUUGAUGUGGGGGCAAAAAUAGACUAUAAUACACCUGAUUAAUGGGUCCAAAUUUAUAAAUGAAAUUGUUUUAAAGUUUAGAUUAUAAGCAAAAUAUCAAGUCUUUUCAAGUAAACAGGUUCAAGUCCAAUUCAAGUCCCAACGUAUUGGUAUAGAAGUCAAGUCGAUGUCUCUGAACACUUUUUCCAGUCAAGUCUAAAAGUCUUAGUGUUAUUGACGUUAGGGACAGAUCGAUGUCAGUCAUGUUUCUUCUCAUUACUUAACUAUAUAAACUCAACAGAACCUCAGUGAAACGUGACUUAGUUUAUUAGACAUUUUUCCCAAGAACAUAGUGAGAUCAAUGCGCUGAUACCACAUUUGGUAUUCUUCCACAUAGAACACAAAAUAGUGCCAUUGAAUAAUGUAUUGUUUUAUCACAUACAUAACACUGUGAUUGGUGGCUUCCUGUCCAGCAGGAAGUUGUGAACAGAGUUUAAAAGCUGCUGCAGGACUGCAGACAUUCACAGGAAGCUGGACCAGCAAUGGCUCUGCUGAAGGUUCUGCUGCUGCUGGGGCUGGGUGUUACAGUGAGCUCAGUGUCUCUGCAGAAGAGAAUCAUUGGAGGUCAGACCUGUAGAGACGAUGAACGUCAGUAUCAUGUGACUAUCUUUAGAUCUAAUGGAAAAAAGCAUUAUAUGUGUGGAGGAUCUCUGAUCAGUGAUCAGUGGGUUCUGACUGCAACUCACUGCUGGAAGUCAGAUCCAGGAUGGGUUAAUGAGGUACAUGUAGGAGUUCAUCCUAAAACAGCUGCAAAGAUGACUUACACAAUCACUCAACGUAAAAUUUAUAGAGACUGCAACGGCCGUAAACAUGAGAUUAUGCUCCUGAAGCUGUCAGAAAAAACAACAAUCCGACCAAUCAAACUGCCUGACUGUCCAGAUACUCUCCUACUUGGCACCAAGGUUCAGAUUGCAGGUUAUGGACCAACAAAAGUUGGCUUUUUGAACAGAAGAAUCAUACAUCUUUCUGAUGAUCUUCAGUGUGCCGAGUUAAAGAUUGAUAAAAAUGACAAGAUGGAAGCGAUUAUGACAAGAUGCAAGUACCUCAUGUACAGUUACCAGAAUUGGUACAGUGCGAAAACCACCAAGAAGGACACAUCUGUUGGCGACUCUGGUGGAGGAUGGGUGUUCAGGAACAGGCUGUAUGGCGUCCAGGCCUUCACUGGAGAUUCUAUGUAUGCACACGCUGCACCAGCUGGUUUCAUGGACGUCUGUGCCUACAAGAAGUGGAUAGAUGACACAAUUAAUCCAAUUAUAUAACCAAAGAAAUCCUGGGUUUCUCAGUGUGUGAAUUGUGGCUAAAUGCAUAUGUUCCCAGCAUCACAAAAUUACAAAGUUCAAGUCAAUCUUUAAAUUUCAGUUUUCACUUGACUCAUUUUCUGAUUUAUAGCUGAAUUCCUUGGGAAUUAAAAUUAUUGUGCACAAGCUAAUCUGUGUUAAUAUAUUAUUUCUCAAGUGAAGCUGCUGUUUACUUAAUAAUCAGUAAUAAUAUCCACUGUCACAUGGCUAGAAAAUAAAUGUCUGUUAUCAGAUCA